CAGUCGGCUGCAAGGAGCAGCGCAGUGCGGUUGUUAGUAGUCGGUUGCUCCGUGUCUGCACAAGAUGAUCUCUGCAGCGCUUCUAGCAACGCUGCUGCUGGGCCUCUGGCUGGCCGCGCGCGUCAGGAAAAGGUUCUCCAUGCCGCCUGGAGAGUGGGGGUGGCCAAUCUUAGGCCAUUUACCCCCCAGCGAUGAGCCUAUGGACGAGACAAUAAAAAAACUACGCAAGAAACAUGGCGAUGUAUUCACAUGGAAGAUUGGCACAGCAACAUUCGUGGUCUUGUGCGACUUUGAUACCAUCAAAAAAGUCUACAACCAUCCCGAUGCUCAGGGACGGCCAAGCUUCUACAGCUUACUUAUUUUCUCCUGCUACAAGAAUUUAGGUCUAGCAAACUCGGUCGGGGAGAUCUGGCACGGCGGUCGCCGCUUCACAAUCCGCCAUCUGCGCGACAUGGGCAUGGGCAGGUCAUCUCUGGAGUCGCGCAUCGCUUUGGAAGCGCACAAUCUUGUCGAAAACUUCAAAAAAGUAACCGACGUUGCGACCGAAGUACCGAGGUCUUUAUCCAUCGCUAUACUCAACAUCAUCUGGGAACUCUGCGCAGGAAAGCGACACGACUUGGACGAUGAGAAGGCUUUGGAGUUCCAGCAAGUGGUGGUCGACAUUUUCCACGAUUUCCAGGGCAACGUUGUCAUUUUCGACACAUUCCCAUUCCUGCUUCCCAUAACACCGCGUUUCGUCAUGGAGAAGCUCGGCGUAACAAAAUAUAUGGAGGACUGCGAUAUUCUUAUGAGCCACAUGAAGAAAUGCAUAAAGGAGCACAAGGAGAGCCUCGAUGUCAACAAUCCUCGCGAUUACAUCGACGCGUUCCUCAUCGAAAUGCAGCUGGAAAAGAAUGCCGGCAGCGCUAUAUUCACCGAGGAGAAUCUGAUGGUAAGCUUGGGUGACAUUUUCACGGCCGCAUCCGAGAUCACGUCCAUUACACUGCGCUGGCUCAUCCUCUACAUGAUCAAGCAUCCAGAAAUUCAGAGGAAAAUCCAGGCCGAGAUCGACAGCGUCGUGCCACGAGACAGGCUCCCCGGUCUCGACGACAGGCCUAGCCUGAGCUAUUUGGAGGCUACGCUGUACGAGGUGGAGCGACUCGUCUCCGUUGUGCCGCUGCUGGUCCCGCACUGCGCUACCCAAGACAUCGAAGUGAACGGCUUCCAUGUACCCAAGGGCACGGUGCUAAUGGGACACGCGGGCAGCUGUCACGGGGACCCGCAGGUCUGGCAGCGUCCCGACGAGUUCUAUCCUCCGCACUUCUUGGACGAAAACGGCAAAUUCUGUCCCAAGAAAAACGGCUUCAUCCCUUUCUCGAUUGGUCGGCGCGUGUGCCCCGGAGAGAACUUGGCCCGGCAGACGAUGUUCCUGUUCGGCAGCGCGCUGCUGCAAACCUUCAUGUUCGAGGCCCCCGAGGGCGAGGUACUGAGCACUCAACGCGACCCUGCCGAGCGCAUGAUUAUCAUCCCCAAGCCCUUCAGGGUCAUCAUGAGGCAGCGCAGUUAGGCUGUGUUGUUACAGUGCAGUAUCGCAAUGCAGGAUUGCAGUGCAGUGUGACAGUGUAGUGUGACAGAGUAGUGCGACAGAGUAGUGUGACAUAGUAGUGUGACAUUGUAUUGUGACAGUGCAGUGUGACAUUGCUCUAUGACAGUGUAGUUUUGUCACGGAGCCACUCCCACUGAGCGUAACGUGAGCCUAUAUACUAUCACUAAUAAUCCAGCCAUGGAUCGUUACAUUUCUUGCAGAAUACAAGGGAAUAAGGACGA